AGAAAUUGCAAACGCACUGGGUUGGUUCACCUCUCGGUUUAACUUCGGAGCUCCCAGCCUGUCUCCUUCCUCACUCCCAUAAGGGAAAUACCAGGCUAUUCUGGCACGUUUCCCCUUAAGCUUCAUUUUCCAAAGAAAAGAGGGGUGGGGUAUAUCUAUUUGGGUUUGAUAAUGUUUUUAAAAUGCUUUCCUUUGAAACGAUAAUAGCUGUAUCGGUAAAAUGCAAAUAAAGCAAAAAAUAGGCAGUAUUUCUUUAAAGGGGAAUAUACGGUGGCUUUUUUUUUUUUUUUUUUUUUUUUUUUUUUUUUUUUUUUUGCGUACACACACUGCUUCUGAUGAAGUCUGUGAGUCAGGCUGUUUCUGAGCUCCGAUAGUUUAAUGGAAAGAUUUAUAUACCGGCUGUAUUAUUUACUUUGGGAGGGGAGGUGGCAGUAUAAGGGUAUGCUAAUUAGUAGGAGAUUUUGGGGGGAAGGGGUGGAAUAUCAAUUUUUAUUGCAUCACCUGUCAGGAGUGUCCAAUCAGCGUUGGCUUUAGGGGAAUUAAUUGAUGAAGGUGUCUCCGGACGAGCUCACUUCACUCUGUCAUUUUAUUUGUAGCUAAAGCAGCGGCGGGAAUAGCAGCUGCAUUUCUUUUCUCUUUCUCCCUUCACAUUCCAUUAUCAUAGUGCUCCAAUGGAGAAGGAAGGAGUAGAGGGGCCCAGGUACUGAUCCGCAUCGAGGACUCAGACCAGCACACUGGCAGAUCUGAAACCGGAUGGUUUUUUCCCUCUUUUUUAAAAAAACGAAAACCAAAAAAAAAGCAAGAAUCAAGUCAGUGUAAUUUCAUGGGGUUUUUCUCCCCCCCAAUAAUUCGCCUAGAGUUUGGCACUCCCUUCGCCGGGAAUAACAGUCUUUGUUAUUUUAUUAGCAGGAUGCCUUGAGACACACGCAGCAUCUGGCGGAGGAUUAACAUACAUACAUGUGUAUGUAUGCGUCACGUAUAUAUUUACUGCAAAUGGUGGGGAUCAUUUAGUGCCCGAGAUGGGAGACCUGAAGUCAGGUUUCGAAGAGGUGGAUGGCGUGAGGCUCGGCUACCUCAUCAUUAAAGGAAAGCAAAUGUUUGCUCUCUCCCAAGUCUUCACAGAUCUGCUGAAAAACAUCCCGAGGACGACCGUGCACAAGCGCAUGGAUCAUCUGAAAGUGAAAAAGCACCACUGCGAUCUGGAGGAGUUGCGGAAACUCAAAGCAAUCAACAGUAUCGCCUUCCACGCGGCCAAAUGCACGCUCAUCUCCCGGGAAGACGUAGAAGCGCUCUAUACCUCCUGCAAAACCGAGCGUGUGCUCAAGACCAAGCGCAGGAGGGUCGGACGGGCCCUGGCCACAAAGGCGCCGCCGCCAGAGCGCGCCGCCGCCGCCAGCCCCCGCCCGGCUUUUUGGAAGGACAAGCACCAACUUUGGCGGGGCCUGAGCGGAGCCGCGCGGCCCCUGCCAAUCAGCGCGCAGUCCCAGCGUCCGGGCGCCGCAGCCGCGCGCCCCGCCGCCCAUCUACCUCAGAUUUUUAGCAAAUACCCGGGCUCGCACUACCCGGAGAUCGUUCGCUCGCCUUGCAAACCCCCUUUAAACUAUGAAACUGCCCCGCUCCAGGGAAACUACGUCGCCUUCCACUCGGAUCCCGCUUAUUUUCGGAGCCUGCUGUGCAGCAAGCACCCGGCGGCCGCCGCCGCCGCCGCCGCCGCUGCCGCUGCCGCCGCCGCCGCCGCCGCCGCCGCCGCCUACUACCAGGCGUCGGCGGCCGGGCCCCAGCCCAAGGCGGCGACCGGAGCCGGAGGCCCGGUGAGCCUGACCUACCGCUGCAAACGCAAGCGCGGGGGCGCCAAGAACUGCCUGCUCGCGCCUCACGCCGGCGCCCGGCGACUGCUGCUGCUGCCCAGGUCCUACAAAGCCAAGGCGGCGGCGGCGGCGGCAGCGGCGGCAGCAGCGGCGGCGGCGGCCGCCGGGGCCACUUGCUUGGAGAGGUUUCAUCUGGUCAACAGCUUCUGCCCGCCUCCCCACCACCACCACCACCACCACCACCAUCAUCACCAUCACCACCACCAUCGGGCCCAGCAGCCAACGCCGAGUCACCACCCCCCUCACCACCACCGACCGCAGCCCCAUCUAGGAAGCUUUCCCGAGAGUUGUAGCAGCGACUCCGAGUCCAGCUCCUACUCCGACCAUGCAGCCAACGACUCGGAUUUUGGCUCCAGUUUGUCCAGCUCCAGCAACUCGAUGUCCUCAGAGGAAGAGGAGGAGGAAGGAGAGGAGGAGGAGGAAGAGGAGGAGGAGGAAGAGGGGGGCAGCGGGGCCUCGGAUUCCAGUGAAAUCAGCUCCGAGGAGGAGGACUCGUCCACCGAGUCAGACUCCAGCUCCGGUUCCAGCCAAGUGUCAGUGCAGAGCAUCCGUUUCAGGCGCACCAGCUUCUGCAAGCCUCCCAGCGUGCAGGCGCAGGCCAACUUCUUGUACCAUCUGGCCUCCGCCGCCGCUGCAACCAAACCCGCUGCUUUCGAGGAUGCCGGCCGACUUCCCGACCUCAAGAGUAGUGUCAAAGCCGAGUCGCCAGAGGAGUGGAGUCUGCAGGGCUGGGCUCCCAAAGGGGCUCCGGUGUACUGCCCGGCCAGCAUGGGGAGUUGUUUCCCAGAGAUAAGGAACGAUAGGGUAUCUGAGAUUACAUUCCCACACUCUGAAAUUUCCAGUACUGUAAAGAGAACUGACCUGACAAUUAACUGCCUGGCAGAGGGGGCCUCUUCACCUAGCCCAAAGACAAACAAUGUAUUUCCACAACAAAGAAUACUCCGAGAGGCUAGGAAAUGCCUACAAGCAACUCCUACGACACACUGUUCAGAUAAUAACACAAUAGCCGCUAGGUUCUUAAAUACUGAUUCUUGUGGAACAGCAACAAAUUCAGGAAAAGAUUCCAAAAUCCCUCAUUGUCUUGAAUUUGCGACGGAUUUGGCCUCUUCGCAGACUGAUCCCGAAGUGGAUGCAGCAGCAGCAGCAGCAGCAGCAGCAGCAGCAACUAAAGCUGAGAAUCUCUGCACUGACACAGGCGACAAGACAUUGCCAUUUCUGCACAAUAUUAAAAUCAAAGUAGAAGACAGUAGUGCUAACGAAGACUAUGAACCCGAUCUUAUCACAGAUAAGUUAAAGUGCGAGUGCAAUGAUACCAAGGGUGAGUUUGACAGUGUCUCCGAGAAGAAAGAGGAGGACGCCUUUCUAACCACAGCCAAGGAAGGUUUUGCAUGCCCUGAGAAAGAAACUCCUUCCUUAAACCCACUGGCUCCGAGUCAGGGCCUUUCAUGCACUUUAGGAUCUCCAAAACCUGAGGAUGGGGAAUAUAAAUUUGGUGCCAGGGUGAGAAAAAAUUACCGGACACUAGUACUGGGUAAACGACCAGUCCUGCAGACACCUCCAGUCAAACCAAAUUUGAAAUCAGCUAGAAGCCCUCGUCCUACAGGUAAAACUGAGACACAUGAAGGAACACUGGAUGACUUGACGGUUUUAAACAGACGCAAAAAGGUAGCCAGCAAUGUAGCAUCAGCAGUGAAAAGGCCAUUUAAUUUCAUGGCAAAUUUUCCUUGUCCACCAUCACUCAUUAUUGGGAAGGACGGGGAUUUGUGGCCAGCGUAUUCCUUAAACACCACCAAGGAUUCCCAACCUCCUCACAAGGCCCAUCCUAUAUGGAAAUGGCAGCUGGGCGGUUCUGCAAUACCUCUUCCACCUAGUCACAAAUUCAGGAAAUUUAAUUCAUAAAAAUGUUUUGGAAGAUAUUUUCUUGAACCAUAUUACCUUCCUUUUGUUGUAAACUGCACAGGAUGGCUUGUACAAGUCCAUUAAUGGUGUUACACCCCCCCCUUUGGAGUCCUGGUUUAUCGCAUUUUGAAGACAGAAAUCGGAUUACUUUUUUUCCCAUUGCGGGUUUUUUUUUUUUUUUUUAAGUAGGGUGGGGGCGGGGUGGGAGAAGGGUUGGUUUACAUACCACAGACUACUUCAGGCUAAAGACUCAAGUAAAACUCAGUUAUUAUGGUAGAGCUGGAACACUUUACUGUUUCAAUGCUAAUGAUGCACCGGUACCUCAGUUCAACUGCUACAAAUAAAUGUCAAAAGGUUGAAUAAUAAAUAUUACAAUGAGCCAUUAAGUUUAUGCACUAGAUUUCAGACCCAAAAGUGUAACUGGUAUUCAGUGAAAGUUUGUUAGGUUACAUGGUUACACAAUAAGGUAGCAAGAAGUUUCUGUGAGCCCAAAAUGUAAUUUUCUGGAGCUCUUAUUUGUGGGGUGUCUUUUGUUUUUUAAACUACCCUCAUUCUCUUUCCAAGAGUAGUUGCACUUAACUUUUUUUUUUUUAAUGGAAAGAUUGGGGUAUGAGUCCUGAUUGGAUGCUGAUUAAAAAGCUGUCCCUUGUGUAAGAAGUAAGAGAAAUAUGGGAUUUUUUAAAAAGGAUGUGCUUUUUUUUUUUUUUUUAAACCUAGCAGUCACUCCUUGCAAUUGGAAAAGUCCUUUCUGUACUCUCACCCAGACAUUUAAAAUAGGAUGACUCUCACUGUGGUCCUGCUUAUCUUGUGGUCUGAAGCUGACUCUUCAAGCUUUCAAAACAAUUAAAACAUUUCUCUUAAUAGCAGGAUAUUUAAUGGUCUAACUCUUCAUAGUGACCAAUCAUUAAAUACAACCAAGAAAAGGAAAAAGAGGAGUCAGAGUCGUAACACCCUAAGUGAAAAUAACAGUUAUUUCAGGGCUUUUUGGUACCAGAACUCAGGCACUUGGAUUUUAUUACCUUAUGCUUUUUUCUUUCUUCCUGCAUCUCUCUAAACUUCUGUUUUCAGGCCAUCCUGUGUAUAGGACAGGAGUUUCUACUGCAAGUGACAAUCAGAGGUGACUAUCUAUAUUUGCACUUAAAAUCAAAGGAGUUCCACAUGCACAUGGUCCACCCCUUGGUAAGGGCCCUGCUGGUGUACUGUGUGUAACAAGAGCAGUAAAUCAAAAUCAUGGAAAUUUGCACUGUUGAAAAGCAUGCUUUAGCUUUAUUUUCAAUUAAAAACACUGUUUAAAAUUCCUGGUUCCAUACAUUUCUACUUAUUCCAGAUUGAAGAAGGGUUAACAAGAAUGAAUGGUUUUGUUGACAUUUUCACUUGUGAUGUUUUUGCCUAGAAGAAAUGCAUUCAUUGGGUGCAGUGUUUUGUGGUAAUACUUUGUGAUGAGACCAAUCGGGUUCCGUGCAUAAUCCUGGCAGAUUUCUUCUCAAAUAACAGAAAAACUUUCUAAACUUGUUACAGACCAACUACUACAAGUUUCAUAUUUAAGAAAGUAAAGCAAUGAUUAGGUGUUAUUUUAAUGAAAGUUGAAUCCAGUAAUUCUUGGGCCACCAAAUUAUGUAUCUCAGAUCCUUGUUAUCUUUAGUCUAAGACGUUGCAUCUAUAGACCAUAAAUCACAGAGCAAAACAAAACACCAAUGAAAUGUUUACUGUGUGGAUUUAAAUCAUUAUUUCUCAUGGAAAUUCAGCUAUUUAUUUUCCUUAACCUUUUAAUUCCUACUCCUUUUGAAAAUUUCCUUUUGUCUAUAAAUGUUUCAGAUAGUUCUGGAUGGUCUCAGGCCUAAUUGCUGUGUAUGAUCUGUGGUUUUCCCCUGUUGCACAGGACAGAGGCUGAGAGUACCUGCAUCCAGAUACAUUUGGAUGGAGUAAAUUGAUGCUUUGGAUUGCCUCCCUUCCUUUCCAUCUUGAAUGUUGCCAGAUGUAGGCUCACUGGGUCAUUUUUUAUUGGAAUCACAGAUAUGGGCAAAGCAAAAAUUUGGGGGAUGUUAUCCUUGAACUUGUGUUUGUAUAUAAUUCCAAAGACUAGUCCAUAGUCUUAGUUAAAAGUCCUAGAAAACUGAACAACUGAUCUCUGAGCCUGAGUUCUUUCCCCUUUGGAAGGUAAUGCAGAAUUUAGGGACAGUGAGUUGUCCUUAAAAAAAAAAA